CAAUGGCUCGUACCAAGCAGACCGCUCGUAAGUCUACCGGCGGCAAGGCCCCGCGCAAACAGCUGGCCACCAAGGCUGCUCGCAAGAGCGCCCCGGCCACCGGCGGCGUGAAGAAGCCCCACCGCUACCGGCCCGGCACCGUGGCGCUGCGCGAGAUCCGGCGCUACCAGAAGUCCACCGAGCUGCUGAUCCGCAAACUGCCGUUCCAGCGCCUGGUGCGCGAGAUCGCGCAGGAUUUCAAGACCGACCUGCGCUUCCAGAGCUCGGCUGUCAUGGCGCUGCAAGAGGCCAGCGAGGCCUAUCUCGUGGGUCUGUUUGAGGACACCAACCUUUUUGUCUUCUUUUUAACUAUGUCUGGCCGUGGCAAGGGCGGAAAAGGCCUUGGUAAGGGCGGUGCUAAGCGCCACCGCAAGGUCCUCCGCGACAACAUCCAGGGCAUCACCAAGCCCGCCAUCCGCCGCCUGGCUCGCCGUGGCGGAGUCAAGCGCAUCUCCGGCCUCAUCUACGAGGAGACCCGCGGGGUGCUGAAGGUGUUCCUGGAGAACGUGAUCCGCGACGCGGUCACCUACACAGAACACGCCAAGCGCAAGACCGUCACGGCCAUGGACGUGGUCUACGCGCUCAAGCGCCAGGGCCGCACGCUCUAUGGGUUCGGCGGUUGA